CUCUGAACGGAGCGGAUCUUGAAACAGCAAGACCGCGAAACGCUUCCCCCCAGUAGCACGAGAUGGUUCUGCCUCGAAUCAGAAAUCUAGUUGCACCGCUGUGCUUUCUGCUGCUCGCGAGUUGCUGGCUGGUGAACGAUGUAGACUGCGCCAAGAAGGCCGCGGCCCCGGCGGCUGCGCCCGCUACCUCGGAUGCCACGAUCGAAGAAGUGUCAGCCAAGCAGCUGGAGCGGUUACUAGAGGAUAAGGAUUACGUUGCGGUGUACUGGUAUGCCAGAAGUUGUACCACGUGUGACACAGUAUUAGCUGAGCUCGAGCACAUCGACGAUGAUACCGAUUCGUUCGGUGUCGAUUUCGUGAAAAUCAACGACAAACGACUCGCGAAGCAAUAUGGCAUCUCGAAGUUCCCAGCACUUACGUACUUCAGAGAGAAGGAACCAAUCAUCUACGAGGGUGACCUUAUGGAUGAGGCCGGCGUGCUCGACUUCCUCACCUCGCUGGAGGCGAUGGAUCUGCCGGACCGGAUCGAGGAGGUCAACUCCAAGAUUCUGUCGAAAAUCAUCGAAGACUCCGACUACGUGGCCGUGCUGUUCUGCACUGAUCACGAAAACUGCCCACCCGGAAACAACAACAAGCCCGAGUGCAAGAAGUGCAUCAAGGCACUGCAGGAGCUGGAAAACAUCGACGAUGAGGCGGACCAGCUUGACAUUGGAUUCGUGAAGAUCCACGACGAGGAUCUGGCUGAAGAGUACAAUCUGGGCGCCCUGCCAAAGCUCGUCUACUACCGUCACCAGACUCCGAUCGUCUACGAGCAUGAGCUGCAGCGCGAGGAGGACGUGCUGGAGUGGCUGGUGGAGAAUAAGGCCACCGGCGAUGAGGAUGAUGUCAUCGAGGACGUCAACGCCAAGACGCUCAAGACACUGAUCCAGAACAUCGACAAUUUGGUGGUGCUGUUCUACGACGACGGUGAUGAGGAAUCGGAAUCGGUGCUGCAGGAGCUGGAAAACAUCGACGAUGACUGCGCCAAGCACGGUAUCCAGUUCGUCCGGAUCGACGACCCGAAGGUCUCGAAGGAGUACGGUAUCGAUGAGGUUCCCGCCAUUGUGUACUUUGAGAAGCAGAUCCCGAACGUGUACGAUGACGAUCUGUCCGAUGAGGAGGAGAUUCUGGAGUGGCUGCUGUCGCAGCUGGAAAAGGACGAGAUCGAGGACGUUACCGACGAGAUGCUGGACAAGCUGAUCAAGGAAGGCAAAUCGAUCGCCGUUCUGUUCUACGAUAACAAUGACAAGAAAUCGGAAAAGGUGCUGAACGAGCUCGAGAACAUUGACGACGAGUGUGACCAGCUUGGCAUUAACUUCGUCAAGAUGGACGACACCGAGGAGGCGAAGGAUUACGGUGUGACCAAGUUCCCGAAGCUGGUCUACUUCGAGCAGGGCAUUCCGACCGUCUACGAGGGUAGCCUGGAGCAGGAGGAGGAUGUGCUGGACUGGCUCGAGCGGCAGACGAGCAGCGACGAGAUCGAGGACGUCACGGACGAGAUGCUGGACAUGAUCAUCGAAAAGAUGCAACACGUGGCGGUCCUGUUCUACGACAAGGACUCCAAGACAUCGCAGAAGGUGCUGGCCGAGCUGGAGAACAUCGACGACGAGUGCGACCAGAACGACAUUGCGUUCGUCAAGAUCGAUGACGACAACGAGGCCAAGGAGUGGGGCAUUGAGGAGCUGCCAACGAUGAUCCUGUUCGAGCGUGGCAUUCCACACAUCUACGAAGGCGACCUGCUGAAGGAAGACGAACUGCUCGGCUGGUUGGUGCACCAGAAGCGCCACUCGGAAAUUCCAGAAAUCACCGACGAGAUGAAGGACAAGCUGAUGCAGAUGUACGAUCACGUUGCAAUUAUAUUCUAUGAUAAGGACGAUAAGCAGGACAUCCGGGUGCUGAACGAGCUGGAAAACAUCGACGAUGAGCUGGAGAAGGAGGAGAUCGUGAUCGCGCGGUUGGACAACGCGGAGGAGGCGCGCGAGUACGGGCUCGACCAUCUGCCCGCGCUCGUUUACUUCGAGAACGAGAUCCCGGCCAUCUACGAGGGCGAUCUGAUGAACGAGGAGGAGGUGCUCGAGUGGCUCAAGCUGCAAAAGUACUCGGCCACCAUCGAGGAGGUGACGGACGAGAUCCUGCAGGACCUGAUCGAGGAGCACGAGUACGUGUGCGUCUACUUCAGUGGUGCGUGCGAGGAGGGGGAAAAGUGUGACAAAAUCUUGGACGAUCUCGAAAACAUCGACGACGAGCUGGACGAAGCCGGUAUCAUCUUUGUCACCACCGAAGACAUGGCCACCGCCAAGAAGUACAACAUCAAGAGCCUGCCCUCGUUGGUGUUCUUCCGCAACAAGGACCCGCUCAUUUACAGUGGCGACCUGAACGACGAGGACGAGGUACUGACGUGGUUGACCGAUGAGGAAACGCUCGAAAUUCCCGGCAGAAUUGAGGAGGUGAACCACCGGAUGCUGGAGAAGAUCCUGUCCGAGAACGAGCACAUCGUAGUGUUCUUCUAUCACGACGACGACAAGAAGGCGCAAAAGAUCAUCGCCGAGCUGGAGAACAUUGACGAUGAGUGCGAGGAGAAGGACAUCGAUUUUGUGAAAACGUCGGACGAUGACAUCGACAAGGAGUACGAUCUUGAGUCGCUCCCGGCGCUGGUGUUCUACCGCAACAAGUUCCGCACGAUCUACACAGGCGAUCUGAUGAAGGAAGAGGACAUCCUCGAGUGGGUCUUGCAGCAGUACAACACCAAGCCGGAGAUCAUCGAAUCGGUGGACCGCAAAACGCUGCAAGUGUUGGUGAACGAAGUCGAACACUUGGCCGUGCUGUUCUACGAUGACGAUUGUGAGUCGUGCCCUAAGAUCUUGGAAAAGCUCGAAACCAUCGAUGACGACACCGACAAGCACCACAUCCAGUUUGUGAAGGCCAACGACGAAAAGUUGGCCCACGAGAUCGGCAUCUUCUCGUUCCCGGCCCUAGUCUACUACGAAACGGGUGUCCCGAUUAUGUACGAUGGUAAUCUCAAGAAUGAAAAACGCAUCCUGCAGUGGCUAAUUGAUCACAAAAACAAUAAGCUACCGAAACCGAAACUGCGCAAGCGUUACACCGACGACGUGGAGCUCGAGCGCGAAGAUCGCAUCGACAAGAAGCGGUCGUCCGGGGCGAAGAAGUUGAAGCCCAUCCCGAGACUAGACUCGGUGGAGCCGCCGACCCCAGCGCCGAAGGGCGGCAAACCAGACGCACCGAAAGCGAAGGCAAAGGCCCCGGAAAGUGCCAAGGACAAGGGCAAGCCCUCGAAGCAAGCUCCCUCGCCGCCCAGUAAGGCGGUCGGUAGCAAACCUUCCACAACCUCCAACAAACCAGAUCCACCGUCGGCCAAAGGUCCGAAAAAGACUACCCAUCCAGUCGAUGACGAUGACGAAGGGGAUCUGAGCAACGAGUACGAUGUGCUGGAUUGGAUGCACGGCCAGAAGACGGACGAAAGCAUCCAGGAGGUGGAACGGGACGAGCUGCUGCGUAACAUCGAAACCAAGGACUUCCUGGCGGUGGUUUUCUAUGUCGAAGAAGAUCCCAACACACCGAAAAUCUUGCGCCACAUCGAGCUGAUCGACGACGAGGCAGCCGACUACGGUAUCCUGCUGGUCAAGUCGAGCGAUCGGUUGAUGGCGAAAAAGUUCGGUUUCCGCAACCCACCGGGCGUGACGUACUUCCGGAAGGGCAAAUCGAUCAACUACGACGGAGACAUGGACGACGAGGAGGAGCUGCUGGACUGGCUGACCGAUCCACACAACAUGGAAAUGACCGACCACAUCGAGAAGGUGAACCGAAAGAUGUUCCAAAAGAUCCGCCAAGCGUCCGACUACCUGGCCGUGUUCUUCUACAGUGACGAUUGCAAGCAAUGCCCCCGGGUGUUGGCCGAAAUCGAGCACAUCGACGACGAAGCGGACGGUGCGGGCAUUAACUUUGUGAAGAUCGACGACAAACAGAUGGCCAAGGAGCUCGGGGUGUACGCACUGCCCGGCAUUGUGUUUUUCAAGCUUUCCUCCAAGGAGCCUGUCAUCUACGCAGGCGAUCUCAACGAUGAGGACGAAAUCCUCAACUGGCUGAUGACACAGAAAAACCCGGGCGGCGACGUCAUCGAGGACCUGGACGGAACGAAGCUGUUGGUUCUGAUCGAAGAGUCGAACGCGCUGGCCGUUUACUUCUGGAACAAAACGACUUGUGAGGCUUGCUUCACGAAGGCUGCCAAGAAGCAGCGCAAGGCGAAGGAGCGCAAAGGGCCGCUGGAUCCAGUGGGGUCCAGUUCGGCCGAGGCGACGGACGACGGCACUGCCGCUGAGGAUGGACCAGCCCCGACACCGGCACCGACCCCAGCACCGCCGACGGUGUCCUCCACCGAGGACACGGACGAGUGCGAGCAGUGCUCCGGGGUGCUGGAAUCGCUGGAGAACAUCGACGACGACUGUGACCGGCACGGUAUUCUGUUCGUGAAGACGGACGACAUCUCGAUCGCGGAACAUUACGGCAUCAGCGAGUACCCGGUGUUGGUGUACUUCGAGGACAACGUGCCGAAUGUGUUCGAGGGAUUGCUGGACGAAGAGGAAGAGGUCCUCCAGUGGUUGAUCACUCAGAAGACGGAAGAUCGCAUCGAGCUGAUCACGCGCGUCAUGCUGGAAUCGAUGGUCGACGAAACACAGUAUCUGGCCGUUUACUUCUAUAAACUCAAAUCACCUUCGUACUGCCGAAGUUUUUGUUCAGCGGAAAACAUACGCAAGCGCAGGGAGUUUGCACGGGAAGGCAUUUCAGACAAGAUCAACUGCAACAUUUGCGAUCAAAUCCUGGAGGGACUGGAGGUGAUCGACGACGAGCUGGACGUGUUCGGUAUCCACAUGGUCAAGAUUCAGGAUCCGCAGCUGGCGAAGCGCUACUCCAUCAAGACAUUCCCGGCACUAGUGUACUUCAGAAACGGAAAUCCACUGAUCUACGAGGGCGAUCUCCAGAAUGAGCAGUCGGUGCUCGAGUGGCUCGUCGACGACGAUAACCGCGAGCUGGCGGACGAGAUCGAGGAGGUGAACGAGCGUAUGCUGGACCGUCUAAUGGAGCAAUCGCCGCUGCUGUGUGUGUUCUACUACGACGAGGAUUGUGCCGAGUGUGACGACAUUCUGGAGGAACUCGAACUGAUCGAUGGCGAAGUCGAUCUGUACGGUAUCGAUUUCGUGAAGGUGGCCAGCCUGGAUGCGGCGCACAAGUAUGGCGUUACGACGAUCCCGUCGCUGGUGUACUAUCGCAAGCAGAUCCCGAUGCUGUACGACGGGGACAUGCACGAUCACGAGCGCGUGAUGAACUGGCUCACGUCGCAGGACGUGUUCGAGAUUAAGAACGAGAUCGAGGAGGUGAAUCGUAAGAUGCUCAACAAACUGCUCGACGAAAACGAGUUCCUGGCGGUGUACUUCUUCGAAGAGGACCACGAAGAGAGCGAGGCGGUGCUGGAGAAGCUGGAGCUGAUCGACAGCGAAACGGACAAUCUGGACAUUACGUUCGUGAAGAUGGGCGAUCCACGGUACGCGCGCAAGUGGGGCGUAACGAAGCUGCCGGCGAUCGUGUACUUCCGCAAGCGCUUCCCGAGCAUCUACCGGGGCGACAUGUACGACGAGCAGGACGUGCUCGAGUGGCUGCGCAAGAACCGGUUCCGCCAACCGGAGCUGAACAUUUUCAUGUACGCCAUGAUCGCGCUCGGCCUUGGGUUCGUCAUCUACACUGCAUUUUUGCUCCAGUGCUUCAAACCGGCCCCACCGGCCCCCGUGCCACAUCCGAAGCAAAACUAACUGGCUGGCUGGCUGGCAGCACUGGACUGAACGCAUUAGUUUGGCGCUUCCACUUGCGAUGGCCCUUUCCAAGCAGAACUCAGACACACCGGGCCGGGCCGGGCCAGGCCGGGCACUACAAACGACGUAGCGUUAUUAUUAUUAUGAUUAUAUUUUAGUUUCUACUUACCCACAAUGUGUACUGCCCGCGAACUUUAUUAAUGUUUAAACUGUUUUGUUCUCAAAUGGGGGGUGGCGAUGGUGCUCGCAGAACAUCCUGUCCCGAGUCAAUCGGUUGACUCUAGCAUCUCGCACCGCUUGCCAGCCGUCGGAAGGGUCGGAAAAAUCGAUGCGGCGACCCUGCAGAAGCCACUGUUACGUCUGUGUCCCGGAACCGGAACAAAAAACCACAAAAACAAAAAAGAGAGUAAAAUAAUUAUAAAUGGAAACAAAAAAAACGAAAAGAAUUCAACAGAGUAGAUUGUCCCUAAAGAAGCAACAACACGCGCAACAAAUGCAACAACGAACCUCUCUCUCGAACUGUAAAAAGCAAAUACAAAGAUGCAUUUUUUUCUGUUGGUGAGUUUUUGAGCACACACACACACACACCCUGACGCAAACAAUCUGAAAUGGAGUGGUGAAAAGAGUGGAAAUCGUUCGGUUGCCCAAAUCGUCCCACAAACGACGGCCAACGACGCGGAGUAUCGUCGGUUACAACCCGCUAACACAAAACAAUGUGAAACCCCUCCUUCGAACGGCCUGCCGCAUGUCGCGCCGGUGACCCCGCGUGAAGGAUGGGCACCUUUUUGCCCGUGUCGGCAAAAGGAUUCUUGCCACAUUCUUGCCGGUGGGACGGGAACGACAGAUAAGACACGACAACGAUACGAUACACGACGACGAGCGGACGACGCGACACAACGAGACGACGAAAAUGUAAAAUACAUUGUUUCAGGCCAUCGAAAGGACCUAGAUACGAUUCGUUCAAAUUGGUGAUCGUACUGGCAGGUGGCCCUCAUUUUUAAGGAUGGUGCCUAAUCGAGUUUGAACACACCACUUUGGACUGCAAAUUCAAUAGACCCCCUCGGUGGAUUAUGUUAAGCAGCUUUUUAGGUGCCUAAACAAGUUUUUUAAAUGUCUUCGUCACUUUGGACUCCAUUUUCUCUCUCUCUCUGACUCUCACUCGAUCACUCGAAACAAUAUUUCAUGUCCUGGUUUUUGUUAAUGAGAUCACUCCCUGUUGGUAGACGUUCUAUUCUAUUUCAGUUCUCCGUAGACUGUAUUUAUACACAAGAAAAGGAAAGGAAAGAAGUGCUAAAAGAUGCAAAAGAUGAAGAAACGAACACUUGCGGUGUCCUCUCCACACUCGCACACACACACACACACACACGAUGCUGUAAAUAAAAUGAGCUUUCCGCUCCCUCUGAUCGGAAAA